AUGGGAAAGAACAGCACAUCAAAAGCAGCAGAAUCAUGUUUUUCAAACGUUAUCCUUCCGGAAGACAUCGUCGUCGAGAUACUCUCAAGAUUAUCCCUCGCUUCGCUCCAGCGAUUCACCUGCGUUUCGAAGCUGUGGCGUUCUUUGAUCUCUGACGUAUCCGCCGCAAAAGCCAGGUCACCGGCGGUUCUCCUCGUAUCCGGCUCAAGAGCGUGUUCCUUUUCGCCUCGCUCCAUCGACCGACACGACCACGCUUGCGUGGAAAGGGUUUCUGUUCCCUGGAACAUGGAUGAAUUCAUUUCCAGGUUUCGAAUCUUGGGAUCGUGCGACGGGUUGUUGCUUAUGCGUAUCGACGUGGACUUGUUCUUGUGGAAUCCACUGACUGCAUUCUUCAAGAGAGUGCUAGCAUAUGAACCAUUGCGUUAUGACUACAGAGUUCGUUCCGGGCUUUGCUAUGACUCCGCCAGUGAUGAGUACAAGGCCGUUCUCGCGCUCGCCCGUCAUAGUCCCGGUUGGGAUGAUGUUGUGGUUGGUAGUUUCAGAAGCAAGAGUUGGAAACGGAUCGGGUUCCCGUACAAGGUACAUACAGUGGGUUCGGGGCCCGUGGUCAAUGGUAAUAUUCACUGGUUUGCUUCUAGGAAGGAUUCAGGUAUCCUUUCACCCCACCAAAUUAUUUACUUUAAUGCGUGUAUGGAUAAGUUCGAGGAGGUACCAAUGCCAGAGCCUAAAGGAGAGGACGGUGAUAUCAUUUGUGGAUUAGGAGUUUUGGAUGGAUACCUUUGUAUGUCUCGCUCGGACCGUCGUCCAGGCGACAACGAAAGUAAUGUUGAAGUAUUGAUAAUGAAAGAAUACGGUGUGAAAAAUUGUUGGACUACUCUGUUCGUGGUUUCAGAUGGUUUUACCUUUAGUCAUUGUGAUCUGUUGGCGCCAUUAGGCUAUACAAAAAAUGGUAGGGUUCUAACAAAGGUUUACGUAUGUGAGGACCGUGACUGGCAUAUAAAGGCAUUCGAUUUGACCAAAAAUUCUUAUAGGAGAAUUUCGAUACCAAAGGAAAAGGAUCACUAUAUAGAUGUUAUUGUGUAUGAGGAAAGUUUGAUUACACCUAACGACGAUGAUUGGGAAGAGGAAGAGUUUGAAGAGGCGUCGACAUAUGUGGAAUAUAGUCCUCACUCGCGGAAAGUAAUGAGAAGGGCCAGGGCGGGUUACUGGUGGACCACGGUUUACACAUGA